AUGACUACAACAUUGAAUAAUGCAGGAGAACUUCGUGAACAAGGAAAUCAAGCAUUUAAACAAGAACAUUUUC